UUAUAAACCGCCCGCGGCCCUGUCUAUCUUCCUCACUCUCUUUCUUCAUAGAAGAGAAGGAAGGAAUAAAAGAUGGAGCUUUGCACUUGCCUUGAGAGCCUCCGAGCCCUGCCGUCAUGGCUCCUUCUCCUCUUCUCCCUCGGUCUCCUCUCCGCCCUCAAGCUCUCCUUCGCCGUCCUCCGCUGGCUCUACGUCUCCUUCCUCCGCCCCGCCAAGAACCUCCGCGCCCGCUACGGCUCCUGGGCUGUCGUCACCGGAUCCACCGACGGCAUCGGUAGGGCCUUCGCCUUCCAGCUCGCCCGCCGCGGCCUCCACCUCGUCCUCGUCGCCCGUAACCCCGACAAGCUCCGUGACGUCUCCGACGCCAUCCGAGCCAAGCACGCGGGCUGCCGAAUCGAGACCGUUGUGAUCGACUUCGCCGGAGACCAGGCCGAGGGCGUCCGCCGCCUCCGGGAGGCCAUCGUGGGGCUCGACGUCGGCGUGUUGGUGAACAACGCCGGCGUGUCGUACCCCUACGCGAGGUUUUUCCAUGAGGUGGAUGAGGAGUUGAUGAGGAAUUUGAUUCAGGUUAAUGUCGGGGGGGUGACCAGGGUCACCCACGCCGUGUUGCCGGGGAUGCUGGAGAGGAAACGCGGCGCCAUAGUGAACAUCGGUUCGGGGGCCGCCGUUGUUAUUCCAUCUGAUCCGCUCUAUGCUGUCUAUGCUGCCACCAAAGCGUACAUCGAUCAAUUCUCGAGAUGCCUCUAUGUUGAGUACAAGAACAAGGGGAUAGAUGUGCAAUGCCAGGUACCCUUGUACGUGGCGACAAAAAUGGCAUCCAUCAGGAGAUCUUCCUUCUUUGUGCCAUCAUCAGACACUUAUGCCCGUGCUGCCUUACAUUGGAUUGGCUACGAACCAAGAUGCACACCCUACUGGCCGCAUUCCCUCCUAUGGUGUCUGCUCUCCGUGCUGCCAGAGGCUGCUAUUGACAAAUGGCGCCUGGGCUUCUGCCUUGGCAUCCGCAAGAGGGGGCAGCUCAAAGAUGCCAAAAAGAAAGAACAAUAGCAUCCGGCCCAAGCAUCUCGAUGACAUCAACCUAGAACAUCUGUUCUGUACUUUUCAGUGUAUCUGUUUUGAUGAUCUCCCUUGUUCUCAGUAGUUUAAUUUGUAUACUUGGAUGCAAAGCUCAAUUAGUUCUCAUUUUUCUUCUUGGUAUUUCAGUGGUUGACUGUAUCAGAGCCUAAUGCUUAGGGUUAAAAAUGCAUAUAUGUUUUGUGUAUAUGUUAUUCACCAACCUGUAGAGACUGUAAAACUUAAUGCAGAAGAGGUAGCUUUCCUGAGGUUC